AUGGCCGAUUCCAAGGUGCACGAUGCCAUUGACCCGAUGGACAAUGGUUUAGGGCGUUACCCCUCCACCGACGGCAACGAGGCCGACUCGGAAAUGCAGAGGAUCAUCCAGAAUGCCAGGGCCGCCACAGAAAAGGAGCGAAAGAUGGGCCUAUGGAAGGGUAUCAAGAUUUAUCCCAAGGCGGUCGCGUGGAGUAUUCUGAUCUCGACGUGUAUUGCCAUGGAGGGAUACGACAUCAGUCUGGUGAACAACUUCUACGCUUUUCCUCAAUUCAACCGCAAGUACGGCGAGCUUCAGCCAAAUGGUGAUUACCAAGUGCCGGCACGGUGGCAAUCAGGUCUGAGCAACGGAGCCUACGCCGGCGAAAUCAUCGGUCUCUUCAUCAACGGUUGGGCCUCGGAGCGUUUUGGAUAUCGGUACACCCUGAUGGCCUGUCUGAUCCUUGUGAGCGCUUGGACGGCCAUUUUCUUCACGGCCCAGAACGUGCAGUCCCUGCUGGCGGCAGAGAUUCUGUGCGGUAUUCCCUGGGGUGUUUUCCAGACGUUGACCAUCACCUACGCCUCCGAGGUGUGUCCGGUCGCCUUGCGUGGCUACUUGACCACCUAUGUCAACUUCUGCUGGGGUCUUGGCCAGCUCAUUGGAAUUGGUGUGAUCAAGGGAAUGUUGAACCGAAGUGAUGAGUGGGCUUAUCGCAUUCCGUAUGGACUGCAAUGGAUGUGGCCUCUGCCUCUGUUUGUCGCCAUUACGCUCGCCCCCGAGUCACCUUGGUGGCUGGUUCGACGAGGACGCACCGCGGACGCCAAGCAGUCAUUGGAGCGACUGACCAACAAGGGUCGCAACGAAGAUUUCGACGCCGAUGAGACAAUUGCCAUGAUGGUGCACACGACUGCCCUGGAGGCCAAAAUCACUAGUGGAGCGAGCUAUCUCGAUUGCUUUAAGGGUACCGAUCGACGCCGGACGGAGAUUGUGUGCAUGGUCUGGGCGAUUCAGAAUCUGAGUGGAAACUCUUUCUCCAACUACUCGACUUACUUCCUCGAGCAAGCCGGUCUUAGCUCCUCCAACUCUUACUCCUUCGCCAUGGGACAGUACGGAAUCAACAUGCUGGGCGUUUUCGGUGCCUGGUUCUUGAUGACACUCGGUAUUGGGCGCCGCACGCUCUGUCUGUAUGGACUGUGCGGACUGUGUGCUAUGCUGCUGAUCAUGGGUUUCCUCGGACUUGUUCCGGAGUCUCACCGUGACCAGGCAUCGAUGGCCACUGGCUCUCUGAUGCUCAUCUGGGCUCUGUUCUACCAGCUAACCGUUGGGACCGUCUGCUAUUCAAUCGUGGCCGAGCUGUCGACCCGCCGCCUUCAAAUCAAGACCGUUGUUCUGGGCCGCUGCCUGUACAACAUUGUUGCCAUCGUCUGCGGCGUUCUGACCCCCUACAUGUUGAACCCCGGUGCAUGGAACUGGGGCAAUUACGCCGGUUUUUUCUGGGGCGGCAUCUGCUUCCUAUGCAUUAUUUAUACCUACUUCCGCGUGCCGGAGCCCAUGGGUCGCUCCUUCGCCGAGCUGGACAUGCUCUUCGAGCAAAAGACCAGCGCUCGCAAAUUCGCCAAGGCCCACGUGGACGUCUUUGCCGAGAAGGUCGAGGCGGACGUCGUCGACAACUACCGCGAAGAGAAGAAUGCCCUCCAAACCGAGCCCGGCCACGCAGAGAAGGGAGCCUCGGCAUGA